GCUCCUGGUCUCGGUCCUGGAAGGCCAGGACCCCGAGGUGGUUCAGAUCGCUCCCCAGAGGGAGUGGAUCGUUGUGGAAGCUGUCUCCCUUACGGAGACAUCUGCUCCGCUGGAGCUUAUUCCUUCUCCCGGUCCUGUGCCUUUGUAUCUCAUUAGGAGGUCUCGCCUUUCAACGGUGGGGAUCUGGACCCCUGAGAAACGGAUUGAGAGAGCCUUUGAGUGGGGUCAGCGGGACUCGGCCGCUGCUCUCAACGGGGAUUUCCUUGAAUCUCGGGACUCUUUUCCGUUGUCUUCCACGGUGUACGUUGUGCUGUACGACAGCAACGGGUCGCCUGCGGUAAGCGGGCUCCAGAUCGUCACUCUUCGUGGCGUAGCGGAGUAUACUCCCGUGGAUUUGCUUCCUUGGUGGAGGCUGAAGCCUACCUGUUGGGAGGAGGGAAUCAUCCUUGCAGUUCCCAGAAAGGCCAUCUCGGAGGAGAUGCUCGAGGAGGCUUUGGAAGGUCCGGCGGAUGGUUUGGUCGGACCCCACAUGGUGCAGACUGUGAAUUCACAGGAAGACGACUCCGAGGAGGACGAUGGAGAGGCCUUUGCGCCCUACACACAAGAUGCCAAGAUAGCUCAGAGCUACCAACAGGGCCGCACAGGUGGCUCGGGCCGUAAGCUGGGCUGUGAGCAGGCCCCUGAAGCACUCGACGCUGAAACACAGCUUGCGCCUUGGCCUCCUUCCGUGGUCCCGACCUCUGAGUGCAAGUGGUACACCAGGGUUUGGGAGGCCGUCUGGGUGUGGUACUCCGCGUUGUUCUUCGACCCGUUUUGUGGCACGCGAGUAGGAGAGGCCUCGCACCCAGGCCCUGGAGGUUUGGCUGCGGCCAGGAGAAAGAAAACACAACUUAAGGACACGGGCCUCAACCAGAAAGCACUGGAAGCCAUCGUUCAAUCGGUGCUUCUCGUGCUUGAUAAACGUCAGGCUGCCAGUGACGCUGCUUGGUGGCCUCAACAGCCCCGCCGCGGGGUACGACAGUGGCAGAGUGCUCAGGCAGCACAUAGCUACUGGGGCGAGUGGUCUGAGGACAGCCAAGACAGCGACUACAACUGGAAGUGGUGGGAACCAGCCUGCAUCACUUCCUCCUCUUGGCAGGGUCAAGACCCUGAAACGGGAUGGUGGGAUCCCGAAGCUUGGACCUCUUGGUGGGCUGAUCCCCACUACCAAGGUGUGAGCUACACGGACGAGGGUCUCUACGCCUCAGGUGACCAGGCCGUUGAACCGGCCACUUGGGCGUCCGCUCCCGUCUCUCAGCCUCCUCGGAGGCAGACUGGCUCCUGUGCGGGCCCUCCACCCAAGGAGGCUUCCGAAGGAGGGCCUAAUAAGAAGCGCAAAGUUGACCCCCAACAGUUCCCUGAGCUCCCCAAGGUCAACGCUCCUUCGAAGAGUAGCAAGUAUGCUCUCCGCAUCGAACCUUCCGAAUGGAACUCUGAAAUCGUGCUGACUACGGUCCCUCAGAUUCAAAAGGCCUUGGAAGAAGGAGCGAAACUCCCUGGCAACCUCGUUGUCAGUCGCAGUUCCACCUGCUUCGAAAGCCUUCUCAACCUUGUUGAUGCUUUCGAAAUCAGCGAAUCUCUCUCUUUUGCUGAAGUGACUCAGGCACAGGGCUCCGGGCCCUCUGACACACCGGUUACCGUUAUCUCAGCUUGGGCUAGCAUGCUGGGAUGCAAGGUCAAUGAGCUGACGGGUCACUUGAGGGUUCCGCUGGCUCUGGGUCGCAAAGCCGCUUCGCUCAGUGGAAAGAGGGGCCUCUUUUCGAUUCUCGUCUCGAAAGGUGAGAUGAAAAGCCCGGUCGCCUGGAUGCGCAGGGAUGUCCUCUCGUUUUGCGCCAGUCCAAACGUGCUGAUCUUGGAGUGGUCGGAGGGCAAUGCUUCCAAGGAGGACGUUGCCGAAUUCUUCGAAUCGGCCAACUGGCCCUGCCUCCUGAAGGUUCCCAAGGUCCAACCUCCCAAAAAGAAGUGGAUUGACCGGAAGUUCACACCCGAUGAGACACUCCUUCAGGACCUGGGGCCGUGGCUUCUGCAGGAAGCGGGCGGAACUGGCGACUGUGGCUACCGUGCCACAGCCACUGCACUGCAAGUCAACCAAGGCAAACCGGCUUUAACUGAUGAAGAUCUCAAGCUUCAAGCUUCAACACUGCGGCUCCUUGCCGUCACACACAUGAGUAAGCAUAAAAAGAAGUUUGAGGAGAGCUUUUCCCCGGACCCUGACGAAUGCCCUGAUGUGUGGGGUGGUCACGAGGCUCCAGGUGAUUUCGACUCCUACUUAAAACUCGCGCCCAAGCGCGAAGUGUGGAUUGAUGAGCUUCAGUUGAGAUCUCUUGCCGAAAGACUUGGCUCACCUAUAGUCGUAUGGGCCUUCAAUAGCAGCUGCGGCACUUGGUUGAGGUCAGUGUAUGCGCCCUUCUGGGCUAAUGACACUGCUCAGGCUGCCAAAAAGCAGCGACCCAUCGUACUCGCCCUCAGGGAUCGUCAUUACCGUGCCUUGGUUCCGGCAGAUCCUGCUGUCGCUGUGCCGGAGUCUUGGCUGUGGCGCACUGAGUACACGGGUACUGACAAGCUUAGAGGGGCUGGCGCUCUCUCUGUUUGUCGUGUCACUCAGACUGUUACCAAGGCUCAGCUUACCGCUGCCUACAACGGGGUCCGAUUUGAGGCCUCCCACCCAGGACCCACUCAGGCUUCACCCUCUGGUCAGGGUGAUAACGUCGUCGUCACUGAGGAGCCAAUCCGACCCUUGUCUGCAAAAGUGGUCUCGUGCAACGUAGGGGGCACCUCUGGUGCCUACGCAGCUGUCAAAGAGUGGCUUUCUACUGACGUUCACGACGUUGUUCUGCUGCAGGAGCUUUGCAUGUCUGAUGCGCAAUGGAGUACUUUUCAGCGUAAGGCACAACGUUGGGGUUUCCAAGCUUACUACCAGAAAGGGGGCGCCAGUCGUGAUGGGUGGGGCAACCCCACUGUCCGUGGUGGCGUUGCCGUGUUCGCGUCUAAGCGCCUGUCUCAGCGGCUGGUGUUCAGCGAUGCUCGCCAGCACUCUCAGCUCUUGAUUGUCGCCGUCGGUGGGGUCCACUUCGGGAGCAUGUACGCCCCCCCAGGGUACGAAGGCUUGCCUCAAGACGAGCUCUGCGAGCUUCUCACCCUCUACAAUAGGACUGAUCUUGCGGCCGCGGCUCAAAGGUGGGUCAUCGGUGGUGAUCUUAACGAAGAGUUUUCUGAUUCCGCGAUCAUUGAUCACGCCGGGCUUUUUGGGGCUCAGGCCCUUAGGCUCGGUCGUUCCACUCGUUGGGAUAGCAAUCGUGAAAUCGAUUUUUUCCUCGUCAAUCGGCCUGCCGAGGUUCAAGCUUUGCGUGCGGGUCAAAUUCGUGUUUCUGACCACGUGUCGUUGCACACCAGCAUCCAGCUGCGGUGUCGCGAGUCUCGCAGAGGCAUGCUCCGCACUACGCCUGACUUUUCCAAACCUUCUGGGGUCACUGCCAAACGGUGGAGACAGCUUCUUGAUGAGGCCUGGCAGGCCAAUCCUGAGGUCCCCAGCUUCCUCUCUAGUCUUUCGGGGCCUGUCCACCCUGACGAAGAGUGGUGGUCCUUUCAGGGCCUUUUGCAGGCUGCUUUUCUCGAGGCCCUGCGAAGGGCUAAGCAGGAGGCUACUGCUGACAGCGCAAAUGACCUUGACCUGCGACUGCGAACCGCUAAGGGCCACAAAGGGCGGCCCGGCCAGCACUUGUGGCUGCAAUGGUCAAGCCGUGGCCCUGAGCUUGACACAGCCUCCUUUCAGCUUCGAAAGAAGCGCAAAGCCCUCGCUAGAGCCUGCGAGCUCUCCAGGCUUCGUCGGUCUGGCUUGCCUCAGGAGGACCCUCAGGUCGUUAAGCUGCUUCGUCGUUUACCCAUUCAGAAAGCUGACUUGGGCACCUUGGAGCUGUUCAUACGUAAUACUUCUAGUGAGGUUCAGAAGCAAACGCUUGAAGAGAAACGAGCUGCUAUCUCUCGCUGGAAACGCAACCUGAUCGAGGACCCCAAGGCCCUUGGCAAGUGGCUUCGUUCUAAAGAGGACCCUGCCCCUGCUAGUCUUGUCAACGAACGCGAAGUCGUUGCUGAGUCGUUGGAACAAGGGGAAGAAAAGGAGCGCCUGGGCAAGACCUUGCGCACGCUGCGCUUGCUGGCUACUGCUCAGCUGCCUUUUAGGCAGUACCACGCUGCGGUUGCCACCUAUGCUAUGCCCAAGGCUAGCUAUGGAUGGUUCGGUGACGGCGUAUGUCGCUUGGCCAACAAGUUCAUUCGCGGUAUUCUCCUCGGCCUUGGGUGCUUGUGCACAGCUCCGGCCACCGCCUUGAUCUCAGAAUCGGAGCUGGAUUCCUUGGUGGCCAGUUGGAUCGAGACGGGCGAAGCUCGACUGGAGGAGUACUUCACUGCAGCGGAGGCGGAAGCGGAGCAUCCGCGCGGUGGGGACCAGAGGGCCAUCCUGGAACAGCUCAGGGUCAUGCAAGAGCAGAUGGAUGCGAGGUUCAAGGCUCUAGAGGGUCGUGCCGGAGGUUCGGGAAAUCAGGGUCGUACUUCAGGAACUCCUGGUCAUCAGCCUGCCGUGCCUACCAGGAGAGGGUUAGGCGUCGGGAACGACAGGCAGGAGCCGGCCAGGGCGCGGGCUCGGGAGUUAGUGGACUCCGUCCAAGAUCAGGUGGGACGCCCGCCUCCGCGAUUGUCGGACGAGCCGGGUCGAGGUCGAGACACAGCUCGGGAGCCGCUGGUGAAGGCCGUCCUCGAGGACUUGGAUCCGGAGCAGGCGUCCAUGGACGACCUGCUCAAGUUGGCUUUGGUCAAGAUGGUCACGGGCGGCCGGUCAAGGAAAUCGAAAAGGCUGCCGGGACUUCCGAACCUGGGGGAUUCCUCGGACUCGGACAAGGGCGACCGGGACACCGCCUGGUCUUCUUCGAGCCGGGGAGGCCGGGGCAUAGAAGCGGUGGAGCGCCUCAACCAUGCGAUGCGAAACCACCCCGAGGCUUAUCAGGAGAGGAUGGAGGCCAGGAUGCUCAAGGCAGUGGAUGCUGCAGAGAUGUCCCCGACGGCGCCGCUUCAAUUCGCAAGAUCUUGCCCGGUGGGCAAGUCGAGGACAGCUGGGUAUUGCCUCCAGGGCUUCGCCAAUGUCCACAAACUUCUCCUGGAAAACAAGCCUCGUCAGGCUCGACUCCAGGUGUUGAGGAUGAUGUCGGCCCUCGAGCAGUUCCUGAUCGACGAGAAUUGGCAGGUUGCGUCCCGUCUCACGGGGAUGGAAGAGCCUCCUUGGGGUCAUUGGGCGACGCAGGAUCUGGGAGCAUUGAGGCGGCAGUAUGUGUACAGCCGUCUCUCGGAAAGCACCUGGAUUGGCGCGCUUAUCAACGAGUUGAAGGAGGAGGAGUGGCUCCAGAAAAAGAAGUUCGUCGCUCCAACACCGAAGGCGAAGGCGAAAGGGCUCUUGGUCUUGAGAGCGCACCGGUGCGAGGGAGAAGAGGGGUCCGAAUUAAAUGCCUGUGAUGAGCUACCGUAUGCUUGUGGGCGUCGGGUGUUCCGUACGCGAACCGGCAACUUUACAGCCACGCAAGCCCUGCCUGUAGUGGCCGAGUGUAAGGGCACAGCUACUCGAAAGGAGCUCUUGAAGGUACUUGAGCGCUGGGAUAGGCUGGGGAGGUUGUUCAUCUGUGCUGGUUCCGAGGUUAGGAGGGAGGAUAAGUGCGAGAUUUUUGCGGUGGCUAAGGACUUGGAUAAGGAUAGGCAAAUCCUGCACCGUAAGCGUCGUAACCUGCGUGAACAGCACAUUCCGGGCGCUUCUCAGGACCUCCCACACGGGGUUCAGCUGUGCCAGCUCCCAUUGGAGGAUGAUCAUGUCUGCGUUUGUUCUGUUGAUGAUGUUAAGGAUUUUUAUCACGCUUAUGAGGCGUCGGAAGCGCGGGCUAGGAGUUCUCCGGUGGGCCCUUUAUUUUGGGCCAAAGAGGUGGCCCAUUUGUCGGCAUUCCGUGAAGCUCGGAAGGCAGGCCGAAUCCCGGAAGGGGAGCCGGUCGCCUGCUGCUUUAAAGGGCUCGGAAUGGGGGACCAUGCAGCCGUUGACAUCGCCCAGGAAAGUCAUGUUAAUCUCUUACGUGCUUUCGGGUCUAUGCGGGAUGAAGAGACUUUGCGGUAUAGGGAGCCGGUGCCGUAUCCUAGGAGUGGCUAUGUGGAAGGGAUUAUGAUUGACGACCACUUAGGUGUGCAACUCCUCAGGAAGCUUCCAUCCUUGAAGGCUACCUUGGCACAACCGGGCCGGGAUCAGGAAUCAUUCGCAGCUUCGGAAUUGGCAUAUGCUCAUGCUCAGCUGACUGCUCAUCCGAAGAAGAUGGUUCGACGAGCUUUGCACGCAAAGGCCUGGGGGGCAGAGGUCGAGGGUGGCAGAGCUUUGGUGGGGCCGGUGAGAGGUCGAUUGAUCGCGCUUUCGAGGUUGACGAUGGAGGCUGUCAAACCAGGUGCCAUGGAUGAGAACAUCCUGGAGGGCAUCCUCGGGCUAUGGGGAUUCUGCUUGCAGUUCAGGCGGGGGUAUAAGCUGGGAUAUAACAUUCCCAUGGUGUCUCAGCUGGCCUCCACGCUGCAAGGAAGCGGCGUGGAUAAGGACGUAGUUGAGACCUUCGUUGAGGGCUCGGAUGCCGAAGAGGCUGAAGGCCCGUUGAGGGGUGAGUGUUUGGCGCAGGGGGAUUCGUCCGCUGCGGUGCAUGCUGAGGGCCUUUUGAAAGCCUUUGAUCGGGACAGCUGGAGGCCGUCCUUAGCCCCCCACGUCGGUGAGGGCUCUUUUGACUUCCUUGAAGUGUACUCGGGAAGCAGCAUUCUCAGCCACGCAUGGUGCGAACAUGGCUUUCGUGUCCUUCCGCCUGUUGAUUUGCAGCGGGGUUGGGACAUGAGGGAUCAGGGCGUGUUCUGGGGAUUGCUUGGGCUUGUGCGCUCUGGGAGGGUGAAAUUCCUGUGGUGGUCUCCUCCUGGCGCCACCUUUUCGGUAACGAGCAACCCGAAGCUUCGUAGCCUUCAGAAGUCGUGGGGCUUCGAGGUUUUGGGUGAGAAGACUUUGUUGGGAAACCUGCAUGCGGCUCAGGCGUUGCUGCUUGCAAUCACUCAGCUCAGUGUGGGACUUGCUUUUGCUGGCGAACAGCCGGCUUUCGGAUUAAUGCGAGCCCUUAGCGGUUGGGAUUUCCUGAAAGAACAUGGGUCAUUUGAGGUUAUAUUCGAUUGGUGUAGGUUUGGUCAGCCGUUCAAGAAGCGCACUCGACUGGUGAGCAACUUUGACGCGUGGGAUUCAUUUGACACGCAGAUAACCUCGCAGAGUCCUGAUCCUGAUAGGAAAGGCUUGCUUGCGGCCGUAGGAAUAAGAGCUCGGCUCUUUGGGCGGUCCAACUUUCUGAAGGCGCCUUGGAUUCUUGCCAAAAAUUUGUAUUUGGCGGGGGCCCACCUGCCAACUUGGUCCAUUAGAGCCGACUAUCCGAGCCGUUUUCGGCCCACCUUGGGGCCUCGACUUGCCUUGCCGCCAUGGUUUUGGAAGCUGAGGCGGGGUGAGCCCGACGUGGCCUGGGCCCCUCGACCGGCACUUACGACACGGGCGCGAGACCGAGAGCAACUGGUCCGCGGAAGAGUCACCGAUGUGACCCACAAGAUCCGUGUCAACCUGCUGGACCAGCUGUGCGAUUGGCUUCAUCCUCAGGUGCCGGGUUUUUCCUUGGACCAGUUGGCCAGGCAGCACGUCGACGUUUUGUCCGAAUGGCUAGAAGAAUAUAUGAUUUUCAUGUUUCUCAAUCAUCGUUCGCGCCGAGCUGCGGCAGAAACACUGAACGCUGUGACACAACAGUUUGGAUGGCUGAGAUCCUCGCUUGCAGGGCCUUGGAACCUCAUCCGAACGUGGGAGCAGCUGGAGCCGGUGCAGCAUCACCCGCCGAUGCCUGCAAUGGUACUCCAUGCUCUUGCGGUUACUGCUCUGCAAUGGGGAUGGCCGAGGAUGGCAGUGGCUUUGGUCUUGGGCUUUUAUGCUUUGUUGAGGCCUGCCGAAAUUAUUGGGCUGCGACGGCAAGACUUAGCUUUGCCAGACGACCACUUCGACCAGAACGUGCUUUACAUCCGCAUCGGCAAUCCGAAGACACGUCACAGAGCAGCUUCGCAACAACACAUCCGGGUGGAUCACCCCGGUGUGGCACAAUGGGUAGCCGACGCAAUCGGCUCGACGCCGCCGUGGAGGCGGAUCUGGAAUGGUUCUUGGGCGGCCUUCAAGCUUCGCUUCGGAGCUCUUCAACAAGUUGUGCUGACUAAGGUGACCUUUCUGCCGUCUUCUCUAAGGCCGGGAGGUGCUACUUUCUUUUUCAGGCUCUGGGAUGAAAAUUUGCAGCGACUACAGUGGCGUGGUCGUUGGAAAAGCUUCCGCAUGCUUGAGACAUAUGUUCAGGAACUGGGAGCCACUGAAGUGAUGGUUCGCUUUUCUCAAAAGGACUCAUACGGCCUGAGCGGCUUCGCCGCACUCUCCGCCCUUUCUUUUGAGGUUGAGCAAGCUGGGCAAGCGCGCAAGCAAAAGACGGUCAGAUGCACGGUGCUUGUGAAAGCAGCAGCUUCGGAGCCCCGCCAAGAAUGA